AUGAUAAUCCCAGCCAGCCGCAAUCUUUUCAAAAUCGUUCUACGGUACGAAGUUAACGCGUAUCAAGUCCCUGAGCAGCCCUCGGCGGACUCUCUUACUGACCAACUAUCAUCCCUGAACGUGGGCUCCUUCACAAGCGGCACGACCCCGAAAGAGUCCUCGGUUGCCGAUGUUCGGCGCGUAGGCUCCGUAGUUCCACAAUCCCCGCUCGCCAAGGCCAAGUCCCGCACGCAACACGGUGGCCGCAGCAAAUUCUAUGACAACGAAGCCUAUCUCCAGCUGUACCUCGGCCAAAUUCCCGCGCUCUGCUUCGGGAUGCACGACGGCGACGGCUUCUUCACUCCUAUCGACGAGAUUUGGCUCGAUUUGGAGCGUUGCAGCGCGGCCAAAGAGAGGGUGCAGCCGGCCCUGUGCAAGCUGCGCCGCCUCCUGGAGCAGGUCCAAAACUCCGCAAUGGAGAGCGGGCAGGGAGUGAAACUCAGCCUUGUCUUCCAAGAUGGGGAGCUGCUGCUUAUGCAGCGAGCAACUUACGACUCGUUCUUGCCGCCUGCUAUGCUCAAGCGCUUCAUGGCUGAGUGA